UAUAUUCUAACCUUUGACGUCCAUUCUAUUUAUUGCACCUUUAACAAAUGGUCACAUUUUAGUCUGUAACUAGUUGUACAUUUUUAUACAUUGUUGAAAAUCAUUAAAAAUGGCAGAUCCAGAACUGGAAGAAAUCCGUAAACAAAGACUCGCUCAAAUGCAGUCACAGUAUAAGGGGGAUGCCGGUAGUGCCCAAAAGGCGAAAGAGGAACAAGCAAAAGCACAAGAAGAAGCUAAGAAUUCAAUUUUGAUACAAAUUAUGGAUCAAGCCGCAAGGGCACGUUUAAACACUCUUAUGCUAACAAAACCUGAAAAAGGAAAAAUGGUAGAGAACAUGAUUGUUCGAAUGGCACAAACUGGUCAGAUCUGUACUAAAAUUGGUGAAACUGAGUUAAUAAAUAUACUCGAAAAUGUCAACUCACAGUUGCCUCAGAACAAAACGUCUGUAAAGUUUGACAGAAGAAGAGCUGCUUUGGAUUCAGAUGAUGAAUUAGAUUUCUAAGUGCAAGAAUCAAUUUUAACUUCACAAUAAACACAAUUUAUAUUCAAAUAUUAUUAUUUAAUUAAACAAUUCAUGAGAA